GCGACGUAAAAAUCAAUUUGGACCUUGGCUAGGUGACCGGUUUCGCUCGGCGCUGCGUCGCGGCUCCGAGGUUCGAGGCUCCGAGAGCGGCACGCUUGCCUUCCGGAGGUGGUGCCAGCCACCUCGCCACCUUGCCACCGCGCGACAGACGCACCGCACCGCGGGGCAGCUCAGUCGCGAGUCGCCCACCGAGCCGGGUACCCAGAGCCAGCUCGAACGUGUCCGGCCGCCCAGCCUGCGAGCGUGCCGACGCGCACACACACACACACACACACACGACACAUACACACAUAUACACACACCGUCCCAAAAAAAAAAAAAUACACACACACAGACACACGGCGGAUCUGUAUAUCGUGUACAAGUAUUUAUAUAUAUAUAUACACACACGCCACACGCACACCGUGCCAUACAGUCGUACACGUAGGCACGCACGCACGCGCGCGCGCGCGUGUGUUCGCGUGUGUGUUGGCCAGCACGCGACUGCCGCAACCCGCGAUCAGUUUCCGCGUUCACGCGGACGAUGAUCCGUCGUGGGUACUCUUCUUCUGUGCUCGUACCGCCGUCUACGCGGGAUUAACAUGUUCCUACGCGCGAUCGUGUAACGUUGUAAACAAAUAAGACAGUAGGCAACCGGGUCUCGGUAAAGUGUCAGAAGAUCAGAGGAUCCCGGAGAUGACCGAGCGAAAGGGAGGAGGCGGACUCAUCGACGAUUCGCACCACCGACGGAGAUCCUCCACGUCGUCCCCGCUGGCGGAGUAGACGCGCGCACCCGCGUAAGGAGAACAUUCCUUUUCGCGUUCACGACGUGUCCGGGUUAGGCGUUUCGCGGACGAUGCUCCAAGAGCGUGGAUCCCGAAGUUCCGCCGGAUUUUUUAAGACUCUACCCGCCACCCCCCGCCCCUGAAAAAGUGAUUUCGCGGCGAAGGGAGCAUUCUCGUUGAAAGGCAAACAAGGAUGAUAGAAGUUAAUUGACACAGAUCGAGAGGGGGUGGGGGAGAGAGCGAGGAGAGCGUGCGCGACAGCACGAAUUCUCUCCUCGCGGAAGCCUCUUGUUCCGUCGUCGCGGAUUAAUUAAAACGUGACCCGGGUUCGUCGGUCGACCCACACCCGGACGGAAGAAACGAAAAUGUUACGGGCGUGUCGUCGCGGCUCGGACCGAGGAUACUCGUUUUUACAGGUGGCGGUCGGGGAUGGUCCCGUGAUUCUCGAGGACACUCCGGGUCGCGGUGUUUAAGGGAACAGGUGGAACGUAUCGACGAUGGUGGAAGGCACGUUGCCAGGAGGCGGUGCUCGUGGUGGCUGAUAUCGCGUAGACAACGGCGAAGGAAUGGUGAGGUACGAUGACGGAUUUGGUGGCCGUGCACGAUCCUAGGAUCGCGGUGUCGUGGUCCUGGUCGUCGACCCGUCGCUGGUGGGAACGCCGCCGCCGGUGCACCAUCAGCUAAUCUCUCGUGAACAUCCGAUGAGGAUGCAUGGAGGAUUGCAAUAAACCUUGAAGGAGCUACUGAAGUUACCGAGGGGCGAUAGACCAGAGAAGAGGGUAGAGAUCCCCCGAGAGUGGUAGCAUAGCACCUUCUGCAAUGGCCUCGGUGGCAGCGUGGCUGCCGUUCGCCCGGGCGGCAGCGAUCGGUUGGGUGCCGAUCGCCACGCAUCCGCUGCCGCCGCCGCCGAUCCCCAAGGAUCGCCGCAAGGCAGACGACGAGAAGCUCCUGAUAAACGUCAGCGGCCGUCGGUUCGAGACCUGGAGGAACACCCUCGAGAAGUAUCCGGACACUCUUCUCGGCUCGAACGAGCGCGAGUUCUUCUACGACGAGGAGAGCAAGGAGUACUUCUUCGACCGGGAUCCGGACAUCUUUCGUCACAUAUUGAACUAUUACAGGACCGGGAAGCUUCACUAUCCGAAGCACGAGUGUCUGACCAGCUACGACGAGGAGCUGGCGUUUUUCGGUAUACUGCCGGACGUGAUCGGCGACUGUUGCUACGAGGACUACCGCGACCGUAAGCGCGAGAACGCCGAGAGGCUGAUGGACGACAAGCUCAGCGAGAACGGGGAUCAGACGCUGCAGCAGCUGCCGGACAUCAGGCAGAAGAUGUGGAGGGCGUUUCAGAAUCCCCAUAUCUCGACCGCCGCGUUGGUGUUUUACUACGUAACCGGUUUCUUCAUCGCCGUGAGCGUGCUGGCGAACGUGGUCGAGACCGUGCCGUGCGGUAAUCGUCCGGGACGCGCCGGUACGCUUUCAUGCGGCGAGCGUUACAAGAUCGUGUUCUUCUGUCUGGACACCGCGUGCGUGAUGAUAUUCACCGCCGAGUACCUGCUCAGGCUGUUCGCCGCGCCCAGCCGUUGCAAGUUCGCCAGAUCGGUGAUGUCCAUCAUCGACGUGGUCGCCAUAUUGCCGUAUUACAUCGGCCUCGGUAUCACCGACAACGACGACGUGUCCGGCGCGUUCGUCACGUUGCGCGUCUUCCGCGUGUUCCGGAUCUUCAAGUUCUCCCGGCACUCGCAGGGUCUUAGGAUCCUCGGUUACACGUUAAAGUCCUGCGCCUCGGAGCUCGGGUUCCUCGUGUUCUCACUGGCCAUGGCCAUCAUCAUAUUCGCCACCGUCAUGUUCUACGCGGAGAAGAACGUGGACGGUACGAACUUCACCUCGAUACCCGCUGCAUUCUGGUACACCAUCGUUACUAUGACCACUUUGGGGUACGGUGACAUGGUUCCGAAAACGAUCGCGGGAAAAAUCGUGGGGGGCGUAUGCUCCCUUAGCGGUGUCCUAGUGAUCGCUUUACCGGUGCCUGUUAUCGUCAGUAAUUUCAGCAGAAUAUACCACCAGAAUCAGCGGGCUGACAAGCGGAAGGCUCAGAGGAAAGCUAGAUUAGCGCGUAUCAGGAUCGCGAAAGCGUCGAGCGGAGCAGCUUUCGUCAGCAAAAAGAAGGCAGCUGAGGCUCGACUGGCUGCGCAGGAGAGCGGCCUCCAGCUGGACGACAGCUACAAGGAGGAAGACAUUUUCGAAUUGCAGCAUCAUCAUCUGCUUCGUUGUUUGGAGAAGACCACGGAUCGCGAGUUCGUGGAGAUGGAGGUGCCCUACAACGGCGCCCCGAAGAGGCCCGGUUCGCCGUCGCCCCUGACCUCCCCCGCGCACAGCACUGCCUCGAGGGGCGGCCUGCUGCACGCCUGCUGCGGCCGCUGCUACCCCCAACGUUACCAGAGCUUGUCUUAUCAGCUUACUUCGAACGACAACAAGGAUAGAGUGGUGCUCGUGUAUGGGGAUCGUAUACAAGUGCGGACAAAGGAUCUAAAGAAGCGCGGUUCCCACACCUGUGAUAUGCAGGCCCUACAGCCACUUCCGGUUCCAACCACCACCGCCAACACCGCGUCUGCAAUGACUACUUCCGGUGGGCAGCCACCGCUUCCGGUAUCGGAGACCGCUUGAGUCGAUCGACGAGACCGAUCACGAUCACCGUGUCCCGCUAUUACGAAAACAAUAUCGCCUCUGACAAAACGACCACCGUCCUCUUCUACUCGAUGAAAGAUGAAAAUAACGAUGGCCGACCGGCCGGGAGAACGCGAAGAAACAGGAAGACGAUGUCGACGACGCAUUCUCCUGGAGAACGGAAGUUGCUGGUCCUCCGACGACGUAGCGACGAGAAGAGGCACCCAGGAGCUUCGUGUCCCCGCGUUUUCCAAGGACGAUCGCCCAUUGACUCACCAAAAGCGACCAUCGGGAACCAAAAAACAAAAAUUAAUUAUUCUCCGGACAAUUGAUAUUUCUUUUCCCCCGCCCCAACGUCGAAAUUUUCACGUGAAAACUACGCCGCUACAAGAAAACGAGAAUUGAAUCUGCUCCGUCGGUAACGUCGUCCGAAGUUUCUCUCAGUCGGUAACAUCGUCGAAGUUUCUCUCAGUCGGUAACGUCGUCGAAGUUUCUCUCAGUCGGUGUGGCUCGAAAUGGCGGGCAUCGAAAGACGAAACUGAAACAAUCGCGAAGUUAAACGUCCCUCGUAGUUUUGUGAAACGAUCCGUACGGGUCUUUCCUGGUUUGUGAGUCUCCUAAACUCGGUUAGGUUUUGAUCGUAAUUUAUUAAGGUUAGGGUGAAGAUCACAAGUGGGGGAACGUGUAACCAAGAGAAAAUAUUGUGGAAGGUGGUCGAGAGUCGUAUCUCUGUGGAAUCGAUUGUUCGAGGGUCCCUAUGGACUGGCAGAGCGAAAAAGGAUACCUCGAAAAAAACGUUUCGAGAUGGGAAGAUCGAUAAAACCGGUGUUCCCCGAAUGAAACGCGAUACGCGUUGUCGGAGCGUCAGACAGGGACCCAGGGUACCCCUUGGUACUUUAAAAAUAAAGUGGUAAACUUAUCGAUCCCACCGUCGCGCGACGAUUUAAAUCGGCGGGUCGAUCGUCGAUCGCUCCUCUACGUACUCGAUUUAAUUUCUUUAAUCGUAAGGAAUAAUGAAACUUGUAUACGUAAUUUUUGGGUAAGAAAUAAUUACCAGUACGAUGUGCAAUUUUUAAUUUUACACGUACGAAUAAGUUUUAUAUUUUUCAUUUAGUCCCCCCACCCCCCCUCUCCAAUUUAUCCUUUAAUUAUUUUCAUUUUAGCAGUGUCUUGC